AUGCUGGCCUGCCUGCAGAGGAGGCAGAACCCUCCCAUCCCAUCCUCCCAGCACCCCCUGUGUGCUAGCAAGGCCCUGGAGCCGCCUCAAGCCCUCAGCCGAAAAUGUGAGAUGGUGGUUCCCAUGCAUUCUCCCCGCUACCCCAGCGUGGCUGAGCUGGAUGCCUUCGCCCAGAAGACGCAGAGCAGCCCACUCUCCAUCAAGAUCUUCCCCACCAACAUCAGAGUUCCCCAGCACAAGCACCUUAACCGGACUGUGAACGGCUUUGACACCACAGGUAGCCAGCGCUACAGCCCCUACCCACACCUCCAUACCGGCGGCUACACAGGCCUCCUGGCCAUUGUCAAGGUCUCUUCCCCCUUCGCCCCCACUAAGGGCGUCCUCAAGAACUCGGAAGGCAGGCGAACUAAGCUCUCCCCAGCCCAAAUAGCUGUCGCCCCGUACCCUCCCCCUAGCAGUAGUACUUUAGCCAAUGGCCACUGCCGGAUGGUGUACCACACUGGACCCUCGAAGCCCCCCGAGACCCCUGGCCUCUCCCUCUCGGUGCCCCCUAACGUCACUGUGGCCGGCUCUGGGAUCCCUGUGACAGGGGGACGAGGCCUGGUCCAGCUACCCCCACAGUCCAACCUCCCUUCCAUCCAGAGCAUCAUCUAUCAAAUCAACCAGCACUGCCAGGCCCAGGCUCUGCAGCAGGUGUGCCAGGGUGCAAACUCCUCCACCGCACCCUCUACCAACCCCAGCCCCUCCAAGCAGGGUGCGGGGGGUAUCAUGGGGGUAUCCUCCUGCUCCUCGGGAGGUGGCUACGUGGGCGGCAUGGUGCCCCAGCCUAACCUGGUGUACACAGGGGCAGGGCUGCCGCUGGCGGUGCACAGUGGCGAGGCCAUGAAGGCCGGGAUAUACUCGGACAGCAUGGACUACAUCCUGUGGCAGAAACAGCAACAGCAGCAGCAGGCUGUGCUUCGCAUGUACAGUGGGGGCAGCGGGGGAGGAGGGGCCAUCAGUAAGUCCCCUGAAAGCUGUGGUGCCCCGGGGGGAGCAGGGAUCAUGGCCCAGGCGCAGGUGUCAUCCUCCUCCUCCUCCAGACCCUACCACCUGACGGGGGGAAGUGGAGGGGGUGGGGGGUGCCUGGACAAGGUCAGCUCUUCCCCUCUGAACUGCAUGGGGAUGCAUGGGAACUUCUCGGUGGGCCAGUACUUUGCCCCACCCUGGAACAGCGUGCUGGUCACCCCCGACAGUGACUGUUACAACCCGCACCAGGAGCUCCUGGGGACCACCACCCGAGGGCCAGCCACAGGGGGGCACAGGGAGAUGGGCUACCCCCACCACCAUCAUCCCCACCAUCACCACCACCAUCAUCAUCACCACCACCCCGCAAUAGACAGCGGGAGCGGGGGAUGCCUGUGCUGCAGCUUGCCCAGUAAGAGCCAGCUGUGCAACACAUCGGUGCUGAGCAGCAGCCUGCAGUCUCUGGAGUACCUGAUCAACGACGUCCACCCGCCCUGCAUCAAAGAGCAGAUGCUGGGCAAAGGCUACGAGACUGUGUCAGUGCCACGGCUGUUGGACCACCAGCACGCGCACAUCCGCCUCCCAGUUUACAGAUAG